AUGAAGAGUUUACAUCAGUGUAGUAAUGAACAAUGGACGUCUAUAGAGAAGAGAUUGUCUCAUGCUAUAGUUUAUAUGGACAAUGACUGUGCAGAAUUGUUACAUUGGAAUGGUGGAAUGACACGAUUUUUACAAGCUGGUGCUAAAGAUGUUCGAGAACUCUCAUCCUUUGAGAGUGGAAGUAAAAGUGAUGUAAAAGCUAUGUUUAUAUUAAGUACACCAUUGUAUGAUGUUGGUGGUGAAAUUAUACAAGAUAUUAUUAAAGCCAGUCACUUCCAGUAUGUAGUUGUAGUCAGUACAAUAGGAUCACAUGUACAUCUCUAUCAUAAAACUGGUACAUUAGAAGGCAAUGAACAAACUCUGAUGGAAAAAUUUGAAGAAAACUUAUUAAUCUGGAUGGGCAAUGUGAAUUAUACAGCUGAAGUAGUAAUAAUACCAUUAUUUACUGCUCAGAUUACCAAUAAUCUAUUUGUAACACCAGCGUUUUCCUCACUCUACCCUCUACUAUCUACUGAUAUCAAGAGAGUUGAACUAUCAUUUAAUAAAACUCUUACAAAUAAGGCUGAGAGAAAAACAUUUGAUCAAUUAAGUGAUAUUGAAAAUGGUUAUUUACCAAAACCUUAUAUAACUAAUUUAAAGAUGUUUGUUUCGUCAUUGAAUGGCUUAUUGGAAAAACUGGAUGUAAGAGAAGAUAUCUAUUAUAUUGGUCAUACCAGUCGUUUUGUAGCUCAUGAAUUAGAUAUUUAUUCCCCUGCAAGAAAUAGAAGGAAAGUAGCUAAAGAAAGAGCAUCAAUAGUAUUUAUUGAUAGAACAUUAGAUUUAUCAUCAUGUUCAACUAGUCAAUAUGAUUGUUUAUUAGAUGAGAUAAUGAACAUACUACCACGUGUUCCUGGUCAUCAUAAUGAUGUUAUGGUAGAUAUGUCCAGUUUGUGCUCUGUUCAUGGUGAUGUUGGUAAAACUGUUAUUGUACCAGGAUCACUAUCAAGAUCUAUUAAUACAACUCCACAGUCUUCUAUAUUAAACUCUUUAGUUAAUGUGAAAAUAAAGGAAGGUUUAAUGGAUGUCAAUAGACAGUUAGUAGAAGCUGCAUCAAGUGAGAAAUUACCUGUAAAAUUAACUGGAAAACCUGGUCGUAUUACUCAUCAACAAUUAUCAUCAACAUUACAAUUAUUUCAGUCCAAUUACAGAGCUAUACAGCCAAAUUUAGAUAUUUUACAAGUAGCCAUGGCAACUGUUCAAUCACUAUCUAAGAAAACCAGUCACCAUGACAACAUAGUUGGAAUAGAGAAAAGAUUAUUACAAAUGGCCGAUGAUAAAGAUAGUCCCAGUUUACUGUUAGAAAUAUUGAAAAUAUUAAAAACAGAAUCUGUAAAACCUGUCUCUGAAAGAGAUUUCAGUUUAGAUGACAUCCUAGCUUUGUUAAUUUAUUCCUAUUCUUUAUGUGGUGCUGACUUUAUUGAAGAAGAAGAAUCACAAUUUCAGGAAGAAUUGAUCAAUGUUAUUGUACAAGAUAAAGAUAAUUUAUCUCCUGCUGUUAAAUCUAUAGUUGGAGAAACAGUCAAUAAGAGUAUAGUGAUGGCUAUUGUGGAAGAUGUAUGGAGUAAAUUGGUAGCUAUAGGUACAGCUAGAGAAGAUCUAGAUCAAUUCAGUUCUAUAAUAGAAAGAGGGGGAGUUAUGAGUCCUACAGAAUGUAAACCAUUAUUAAAUCAGAUUGUAGAAGAUAUUGUUAAUCCUAGUAAACCUGAUCUUAUAGAUAUUAAACAUAAACAAAGUGGAAUGAAAGAUCUGCUCAAAUCAGGAUUCGGAUUAUUUAUGACAGUUUAUAAACCACGACCUAGUGACCAUCCAUUGUUAAUAUUGUAUAUUAUUGGUGGAAUAACUCCUACAGAAGUUAAACAUAUACAAGAUAUUGUCAACAAAACUAAACCAGAUAUACAGGUACUAAUAGGCAGUACGAGAUUAUGUACUAAAGAAGAUAUUACGUUAUCUUCAUUUUCUUCAGAUAAUUUAUCUUUUAAUAAAUCUUAGAUUCUC